UAGGGUAUUGCAAAUGCUGCGGAAUUAGCUGUAUGUGUAUUUUGUCUUGUCGACUGUUCGUAUAAGAGUUUGGCCAGUGCUCCGGACUGCACACUCCAUCGCAGCGUCGCUCCGAGUCCAGCAGCAGUUCCCCUCGUCUUGGAAAGCUCGCAUCGCCCAACAACAGCAGCAACAGCAGCCAUGGUGAAGGUGGCGUUCGGCGAGGCCAAUGAGGCGUCCAGCGCCGACGCCCUGAAGGGCGCCUUCGCGGAGUUCCUCGCCCUGUUCCUGUUUGUCUUCAUCGGUGUCGGAUCGGUCAUGUCUUACGAGAAGAUUCACGCGGGUGACAUGGACGCUGCGGGUUUGCUAGUGAUCGCUAUUGCUCACGGCCUCGCGAUUGCGGUCCUGGUAUCGGCCACUGCCAAUAUCAGUGGAGGGCACAUCAAUCCUGCUGUGUCGCUGGGCCUCGCCCUUGCUGGGAAGAUCACCGUCAUCCGUCUCGUUCUAUACUGGAUCGCCCAGCUCUUGGGCGCUGCCGCAGGCGCAUGGGUGUUGAAGAUAGUUACUACCGGUGAGGAUGUCGCGCGCCACGCCAUUGGAGUCGGCAUGACCCCGUGGUCCGCCGUGCUCAUGGAGGCAGUGCUCACCUUCACUCUCGUGUUUGUUGUGUUCGCGACUGCAGUGGAUCCUAAGAAGGGAACCGUGGGAGUGAUCGCCCCCUUGGCGAUUGGUUUCACCGUGCUCGCCCAGAUCUUCGUGGGGGCUCCCUUCUCCGGCGCGUCGAUGAACCCCGGACGCUCCUUCGGCCCCGCCCUGGUCGCCAUGGACUUUACCAACCACUGGGUGUACUGGGUCGGCCCUUUCAUUGGCGCUGCCCUUGCUGCUCUCAUCUACGAUGGCGUGUUCAUCUCCCCUUCUCCUCCCCCCGGCCAUCACGCCAUCCCCAGCGACUUCUAGAUCGACAAUAUCACAUUCUCUCUCAUUUCUCGUGGUGUUCUCCACCUCCAGUCUCCUCGUCCACCACGGUCAGGAGCGCAAUGGAAAGGCAACGUCAUGAUCCGCUGAGGAUGCGAUCGUUCUGUAUAACAGUUUUGGUGACAGCGGCACCGAUUGUAUCGAAAGCAUUUCACUGCAUAUGAUCAUUAAUGAAGUGUAAUUGGACUCCUUUUUCUUUGUAAAAUUUCGAGUUCCCAGCA